AAACAGUGAAUCGUCCUUUUGCGUCAGGGAGUAUCGGAGCGCGACUCUGGAGAAUCCUGGUAGUGCCUGUCUGGCACCGAUUUUGACGGACUUCUGACCCCCGGAACGGACCUACGACCCCCCGAAUUGGACAUGGAUAUGUACUGUUUUGAUCGCAAACUCAAUGAGUUUGGCGAUGGUGAUUUUAACGAUUUGCUGGACCACGAUAUAUUUGACUCAAGCCACACUAUGCCGACUAUGAACUUGGAUGACCAAUACAGCAUGGACCAGGACUGGCUGAACAGUUUAUUUGAAGACCCAGUCGUCCUUAACGACAAGAUGAUGUCGGAGGCUAUGCAGCCACCCCGCAUCACAUCGGAACACAGCUACUCGCUGUCAAACAACAAUUCACCAUCAUCACCACUCGAUCUUAACACAAAUUGCAAAGCGGAACCUCUCGGAUCAGACAUGGAAACGGAAAUCUUCAUACAAAGCAAGCCAACCGAUAUGACUAAGAAAACGAUAUCAGAACAUGAAACAAAAACAACGAUUAAACAGGAAAUAACGACGACAACAGACGAGUUACAUGAAACGGAAACCAAACCGACAUCGCAGAUGACCUGCUACAUGAAACAACCAACAAUCGUCUUGGCCACAAAUCGGUUGCCACAACAACAGCCAAAUCAGACGACGAUAUUACGGCAAGAGAGAUUGAUCAUACCAAAGUUAAAUAUAAAAGUUGAACCUCUGGACUGUGUAGACGCAAUGGACACUGGUAUAGACAACGUGAGUCUCCCUCCAACCCCUCCAAGCAGUAAUGGCAGCGACAGUGACGGCAGUCUUAGUCCACAGCGGUCAUGCCCCUCCAGCCCUGUCAGACAAACAGUCCAAGCUAGACAUCACCACGCAUAUAAAGCAAUCACACAGCCACUCUUUACUAGUCCAAUUCCUCAAUCAGGCAUCUUAAUAUUAUCAGAGGAAGAGAAGCGUACUCUCAUAUCAGAAGGUUAUCCCAUUCCUAACAAACUUCCAUUAACGAAACAAGAAGAGAAAAACCUCAAGAAAAUUAGACGGAAAAUAAAAAAUAAGAUAUCAGCACAAGAGAGUCGGAGAAAAAAGAAAGAAUACCUUGAUUGUUUAGAAAAGAAGUGCGACAACUACACAGCCGAGAACCAAGACUUGAAAAAGAAAUUAGAAAACCUUGAGAAUAGUAAUAGGUCGUUAAUGUCACAGUUACACAAACUACAGGCCCUUGUUGGCAAGGUGCGGCCAUCCAAUGCCUCGUCGACACAAACAGGAACAUGUCUUAUGGUGCUAGUUCUAUGCUUUGCUGUAUUCCUUGGAAGUUGGUCGCCAGCAACUCUGAUGAACAUUGGUUACACCAACACGACACCUUCAUCCCCAUCAGGACCCCCAGCUCAACGCCCUAGUCACCAUCCUGUCAUUGGACCGGAAACCAAGGGAGCAAGGGUUGACAUGUAUGCUACACCAAAUAAAAGGUCAAGAGUCCUACUAUCCUUCAUGGAAGACUUCGACGAUUCGACCUUAUAUGAACCCUACGGACCAAACAUGCCUGUCAUGUUACGAAACAGUGGAGAGCGUUUACUGAAACCAGAUGCAGGCUAUGAAGAUUUGCGGCCAGAGGUACCGAACGCUCGGCCUGAUGACGUUGGCCAUUUGGUCAGGCAAGUGAUCACCAAGGUACUUCCUGAUGGGAAGGUUAUUCACAUGGAAACAACCAAUGGAGAAGUGUCGGCAAACAUCACGGCUCAAAUUUUACAGAUUGAAAGACAAGCAAACGCCACAGCUUAAAUUGACAUUAUUUGGACAGUUUGGUGGCUGUCUUUGUGUAAGAAGUAGCUCUGACCGUCUACGUUACUUGUUCGGUUCGGAAAAGUAUAAAAUGCCAUGUGAGAAAUGCGUUGAUAGCGCUGCUAUGUUGCAUAGUGAAGGAAAUAUGGUGCGGCCAAUGAAUGUACUAACUGCGCCAAUCACAGGGAUGCGCUAAAGGCGCUGCCUGCCGGUGAGGUACGCAUAUCGUCAUAAUUCCACUGCUCAUCUCUGGCCACAGUGGGCACAAGUUCGUCAAAAUCAACAACAUCAGUUCAUCAUUUCAUAAGUUCAUCUAAUCAUGUAACACAAACUUUUAUAAAAAAAAUUGAAAAAUGAAAAAAUCCUCAUAAGUUAUUGUGACCAAUUGACUUUUAGUUACUGCCAAGUCUCAAAAGUAGUGCAUUCUUUGUGCCUUGUAUAUCUCAGUGAAUAACCUAACUGAUGUAUACAUGUAGUGGUUUAGUUCAAACCUUAGAAGUGCUUUUCUCAACAUUGAGUUUGUUUAUGUAGGAAGAUUGAUAUGUUAUCGUGUUAUUCCUCUUGCAUGCUCUUAUGUGCCGAUGAUCUUUAUACAUACAUACUGUUGGGUAAAUGAAUGAAAACUCUUGCCCAUGGGCUGUCAGUGCCCUAUGACCUCUGCGUCGUUGCAAUAUGACCUCUUCGCUAUGGACGCAGACGGAAUGAUUGAUAGCUGUGUUAAACUGCAUGCAUUGCAUAGUUAACUAUUGCUACAUGUAUGUAUGGGUGUCAAACAUGCCUUUGAUUUGAAGCAUUAUAUUGCUUCUAGAGUCUUGUAAUCAAGUUCUGUCUGAUUAUAAUAUCAGAUAUAUUCUCAAAACCUUGCCAAAAAUUGAUGUGAGGUCUCAGAUCUGGUUAAAACUUGUUUAGACAUGGCACUGCGUUGAAUGAUUAGUCCAGGUUUAAUUGGUUGAAGUUAGAAACUUGACCAAUAGGUUAAUUUAAGAUAUUGUCUUUAUAGAGAGUUUUUAUUCUUAAUCAGUGUGCAAGUUACCUGAUUAUAUGUCAGUUAAAGUAUUUGUUAAAUAUUUGUGUGGGUCACUCGAAAGCAAGUUGUCCUGAGCGAUGUAUGCUCUGGUCAUCUUGGUUAGAAAGAAUUUCUAGAUGUUUUUGGCAGUGAGGGAUACACAUAGAAUGUGCAAUCACAGAAACAAAAUCUGUGCUAGUAGAAAAAAAAGUGUAAAUACUUUAAGAAUGUUGUUUUUAUCUGUUCGAGUGGAGCAGUCUAUAUUUUAGCAUGCCUACAGCAUGUUCUGUCUACGUCUUGGUGGGGUGUCUUGUAUAUACCUUUAUCAAGGUGUUGGGAAGCUUUCUGUAUUUUAUAAAACUAUAGAUUUAUCAAGUAAGAAUAAUGUUAAGAAAGAUGGGUUGUGAGGCUUUUGUUUGUUUCAUUGUUGACUUGUUUCAUUGUCGACUUUUUUUGGAGUCUGAUGAAAUUGAGAGGAAUACAAUGAAUGUGAAGUGUCAAACUAUGUUCCACUUGUAUAACUAUCAGUGCCGGUGCAUUUUUAUUAUAGGAACGAGACAGAUUGUGCUGGCACAAAUGACCGUCUUGAAAAGUCUGUGACUUAGACUGGUGGAAGACAGGAAGAAAAUUGAAACCAGUACCAAACUUAAUCACUGUCCGCUAUUGUCCACAAACUAUUUGUGUUGUGCUUUUUGUGAGAUUUUUAAGAAAAGGAACAAAAUUUAGGCGGUUAAGGCUUCCAUGAUACUAUUACUAUUUGAAAGGGAAGUAUUAGAAAUUUAUCUGAAUUCCUUUGUAAAUUUUUAUGUGGAUGUGGUUUGGGUUAUACAUUGAAACCAUCAUCUUAUCUCUAUCUGUUCCAGGUUAAGCUGUUUUGAAUCGGUGUGUUAAUCUCUACACUUUGGUGUACAUUUCAUGUGCACAGUUCUUGUCAGCUUGAAUUGAAAUGGGUAGAGGUCUGAAUGUUAGUUACCUUUCAUCAUGAAGGCUGUGCAUUGUACAGUAGAUGUUCUGUAGACAUUUAUGUUGUGGUGGUUUGGUUGAUAUUUUGUAAAUAAGUCAUGACUUGUCUUCAUCGCAGAGAUGCAGGUUGUAUGACGCCGAAACUAAAAAUGCAUUGGUAGGAAAGAACUAUUCUAAAAAUGAAAAAUUAGAAGUUGACUUAAAAAAGUAGCAAGUUUGGCUAGAAAUUCAGCCCUGAAAUUGCCGUUUUCUACUGUAUUGUGAUCCUAAUUGUCAAAUCAGUAUUUUCCUUCUUGUGCCAACUAAAAUGCAGUCUUGCUGUACUCUCUUUGUGAUAGUGAUGUUCUCUUUACCAGCCAACAGGGAAUAGGGUAGCGGCAUCCCGUUAGGUGGUACUGAUUUUCACUAGGGUGUAUGUCAAAAUGAGGUCAAACUUGGACAAACGUUGCAACAGUGCUGCACCCAAGAGAGUGACAGUCAGUGCAGAGUAAAGGUGAUAACUCAGUCUGUGAUGGACGAUUCCAAUGAAAGUAAUAGCAAGUGUGAUCCAGACUUCUCUAAUUGACAAAGCCUGAUGAUCGUUCCCUGCUUGGCUGGUAUUGUUCUGUGAUGCUUCAUAUAAUGCUUUAACAGAUUGUUAUCCUAUCUCCAAUGAUCCAAAGGCCGCCUUCAGAACAUCGCACUGAUGUCAACUGUAUGACGCUUGUGGGUGAGGAACCCUUUGAAAGGUUAUAGCCUACCGACUCCAAGAUGUUUUGUUCAGAAACCAAACAACUUCAUUUUAGCCCCUUUUUGGUUUACUCUCAACUGAUUAACUUGCAAAGAAGUGUCAAGUGUUAAGGUUGAUGGUUCUGCUAUUCUGUUUUCAUUCCUGUGUCUAUAGCUUGAUAUCCAUGUAAAUACCAAAUCUAUUAUAUUCAAAUUAUCUCUAUGAAAUAUCUUUCAUAUUCUCCAAAAUAUUCUCUUACAUUUCUUUGUACACCUAAAUGACCCAAUAAACAUCUAAAUCCUUUGUAAAUCCAUUGAAUGAACACAACAAGCGUUUGUGAAUGAUGAAAAAGUCUGUACAAGGUCAAAACAUUGGGUGGGUAGGGGGGGGGGGGGUAGGGGGUGUGGAGCUCUGAAUGAGUAUGUAGAUCUGAUAAUGCUUCUGCUUUGUAAAAACUACUUGAAAUUUAUCUGCUCUUUAUUUUUUUGUGGACCAAAUUAUACAUGUAUCUGUUACGACAUGCAAUGUUUUCACUCGUUGAAAUACUUGGACCAGUAGAAAGGGCAACCAACCUAGGAACAGGGUAAAAUAGUUGGAGGGGGUACACUUUUCCUGGUGUUUGAAUGAGAGAAACCAUCUGUUAUAAAUGUAUCUCAAGCUUGCCAGAAUCACCUAAGUACUAUUCCUGUCAAGAAGAGUGAUGACUUUGGCAGGCUUGGGUGAAAUACAUUUCUAAAUAUGUAACUGCUGUCUAUUUCAUUCCUUCCAAACUCUUGAUGUGAACUUGUCAAAAUGUCAGAUCAGGUAUAAGUAGUUUAAGUUUUUCCCACCAGGUGUCUUGUUGACAUGGUUUUGGUGACUUUGUGCUUUCUAGAUUUCUUGAUUCCAUAAACUUGCAUCUGGUGGAAUGAUCUGGAACGACAAAUUGCUCCCACUCUUGCUGCGGAAUAUCUCAUGUAAUCUGUAAGGUGGCCUGUACCUUUAAAUGCAGCCGGAGUCAGAGUGACACCCUGGUCUUGUCCUUGUCUUGAGAAUGAAGAUGAAUGUUUCCUAGUCACAUAAAUGAAUGACUAUCUAUAUUUUUCGAAGAAUGUGUUGUUGGUUGAGAUGAGAGACAAAUGUAGAUGACUGAAUGAAACAAAAAAUUGUAUAUAUUAGA